AUGUUUACUUAUAUAUUAUAUUUAAGAUGUGUAAAAACUGUUGAUGAUAUUUUUUCAGAAUUUUUAAGUUAUGGAUCUGAAUCUGAUGCUAUGCCUUUGAUACCUCGAUCAUCUUAUAUUUGCAUGUGUUCAAUAUUCACAAUAUUUUUAAUUUUUUUUAGCUAUAAGUUUAAAAGAUCUUCUAUAAUAGCACUAUUUUUAUUUUAUCUUAUUCAGUUACAAGCAUAUAUCUUUAAUUAUUUUCCUUUAAGGAUAAAAAAUAGUGGUUUUAUCUAUUUAUCUACUUACAUUAUUCUAUCCUUAGUCAGUAUUCUAUUAGGAAUAUAUUUUCCUUUUAUACUAACAUCGUCACUAUUUCAUCAUUCGUAUCUUACUUACGAUUUUAUUAUUUAUUUUAAACCAAUUUAUUCACAUUUUAUAUCAACAUCUCUUUAUUUAUUAUCUUUAUAUUUUUCAUAUAUAAAUUUUAAUUUAUUUAUUAAUUUAGUAUUGUUAUAUUACAGUAGUUUCUUUAUGGUGGUAUUAAUUAAAUUAUUAAUACUAGAUAAAUUAAAGAUUAAUUGUAAUAUUAGAACUAGAAACAGAUUUAAUUUCAAAAAAGAUUGGUUAUUAUUAUUGAUAUUUAUAAUAGGAAUGGUAGUAAAUUAUUUUUAUCAGGCAUAUAUGAAAGGAUAUAAUUAUUGUUGGACAAAAUGA